AUUUGUUUCGAUUAAGCGUUGAACAACAUAUUUUUUAACUUAGGUAAUGUGUUUGAACUCUGUUUAAUUAUGGAAUUCGUUAUAACGAAUAUAAGUUUUUACGAAUGAAUGACAUGAAUCCAUGCUGAUCAAACAAAAUUUCGUUUAAAUACAUUGGUAAGAGUAAUUCAAAAAGAAAUAAAUAAAGGACACUUUACACAACUUAUUUGUGUAAUCGAAAAAAAAGACCAAAAUGUCUGAUUCAGAAGAAAGUCAUUACUCUGACUCAGGUUCAGAAGUGGGCAGUGUCGAAUCUAAUCAUUCAAAAAGGAAAAAGAGGUCAAGAUCAAUCUCUAGAUCGAUUUCAAGAAGUAGAUCUCGUUCAAGAUCAUCUCAUUCAAAUUCAGGCUCAGGUUCUGAUGUGGAACAUAAUAGGAAUGGAAACCGUGAUGAUGAGGCUAGGGAAGCAUCCGGUGAUGAAGAAGUAGCGGAUGAACAAGAACCUGAAGGAGAAGAUUUAGAUUCAGAAGAAUAUGAUGAAGAAGAGGAAGAGGAUGAAGAUGAUGAUAGACCUCGAAAGAAAAAAAAGAAGGAUAGAUUUAGUGGAUUUAUUAUAGACGAAGCUGAAGUGGAUGAUGAAGUUGAUGAAGAUGAUGAGUGGGAAGAAGGAGCUCAAGAAAUGGGUAUUGUUGGGAAUGAAGUUGAUGAAUUAGGUCCUACAGCCCGUGAGAUUGAAGGAAGGCGACGAGGAACUAAUUUGUGGGAUUCACAGAAAGAGGACGAGAUUGAAGAAUAUUUGAAGAAGAAAUAUGCUGAUGAAACACUUGCGGUUCGUUCUUUUGGUGACGGAGGUGAGGAAAUGUCUGAUGAAAUAACUCAGCAAACUCUUCUGCCAGGAAUUAAAGAUCCCAAUUUAUGGAUGGUUAAAUGUCGAAUUGGCGAAGAAAAGGCUACAGUUUUAUUACUUAUGCGUAAGUUUAUUGCCUACCAAAAUAGUGAUGCACCAUUGCAGAUAAAAUCUGUAAUUGCUCCAGAAGGAGUAAAAGGUUACAUUUACAUAGAAUCUUAUAAACAGACUCAUGUAAAAGCAGCUAUCGAUAAUGUUGGGAAUUUGAGAAUGGGCACUUGGAAACAAGAAAUGGUUCCUAUUAAAGAAAUGACGGAUGUCUUGAGAGUUGUCAGAGAGCAAACAGGAUUGAAACCUAAGCAGUGGGUUAGACUAAAGCGAGGGUUGUAUAAGGAUGACAUAGCACAGGUGGACUAUAUAGAUUUGGCUCAGAACAAUGUGCAUUUGAAAUUAUUGCCUAGGAUUGAUUAUACUAGAUUGCGAGGUGCUCUACGUACUGUGCAAAGUGAUUCAGAGGCUGCAAAACGGAAAAAGAAAAGAAGGCCGGUUGCAAAACCUUUUGAUCCUGAAGCUAUUAGAGCUAUUGGUGGUGAAGUUACAUCAGAUGGUGAUUUUUUAAUAUUUGAAGGAAAUCGUUUUUCACGAAAAGGUUUUAUGUUUAAAAAUUUUACAAUGUCUGCGAUUCUUGCUGAAGGUGUUAAGCCUACACUUUCUGAAUUGGAGCGAUUUGAAGAGCAACCCGAGGGUAUUGAUAUUGAAUUAGCAGCUCCUUCUAAAGAUGAUCCCAACAGUUUGCACUCAUUUUCCAUGGGCGAUAAUGUUGAGGUGGCUGUGGGUGACUUGGAGAACUUACCAUGUAAAAUUAUUGCUAUCGAUGGUUCUAUGAUUACAGUUCUACCAAAACAUUCUGAACUAACGGAUCCCUUAAUUUUCAAAGCUAAUGAAUUAAGAAAGUUUUUUAAAACAGGUGAUCAUGUGAAAGUUUUGGCUGGUCGUUAUGAAGGGGAAACAGGGCUUAUAGUUCGUGUGGAUACUACAAGGGUUGUUUUGGUAUCUGAUUUGACAAUGCAUGAAUUAGAAGUUCUUCCAAGAGAUUUACAGCUGUGCUCAGAUAUGGCUACUGGUGUUGAUUCAUUAGGGCAGUUUCAAUGGGGUGAUUUAGUGCAGUUGGAUGCUAUGAAUGUAGGAGUAAUUGUUCGAUUAGAAAGAGAAAACUUUCAUGUAUUAGGAAUGAAUGGAAAAUUGAUGGAAUGCAAACCGCAAGCUCUACAAAAACGAAAAGAAAAUCGUUUUACAGUUGCAUUAGAUACUGAUCAAAAUAGCAUAUCAAAGAGAGACAUAGUGAAGGUGUGUGAUGGCCCACAUGCUGGUCGAGAUGGUGAAAUAAAACAUUUGUACAGAAAUUAUGUUUUUCUAUAUUCAAGAAUGUAUUUAGAUAAUGGUGGUAUUUUUGUAUGCAAAACAAGACAUGUACAAUUAGCAGGUGGAGCACGUCAUAGUAAUGCCAAUGCAACAGGAUUGAAUGGCUUAGGUUUUAUGUCACCUAGAAUACAGUCUCCAAUGCAUCCAUCUGGAAGAGGUGGCGGAGGGGGUGGUCGCGGAAGAGGACGCGGAGGUGCUAAUAGAGUCACUAGAGACCGGGAUAUAAUUGGUACAACUAUUAAAAUUACUGGUGGACCUUACAAAGGCAAUGUUGGAAUUGUCAAAGAUGCAACUGAAAGUACUGCUCGUGUUGAAUUGCAUGCUUCAUGUCAGACCAUAUCAGUCGAUAGAGGACACAUUGCAAAAGUUGGAGCACCUGCAAAGGAAGGUGGAUUUUCCACAUAUGGCCGUACACCUGGUCGCACACCUGCUUAUGGCUUUCAAACUCCACAAUAUAAUAGAGAAGGUCGUACACCAAUGCUUGGUUCAUAUACUCCUGUAUACAACUCUGGAUCUCGAACUCCCCACUAUGGUUCUAUGACACCUUCACACGAUGGAAGUCAAACACCUGGACAAGGAGCAUGGGAUGCUAAUAUUACAAAUACACCUGCUCGAAGUAAUGAUUUUGAAUCUUCUUAUUUGGACGAGAGUUCUCCCAGUCCUUUCAAUCCUAAUACUCCAGGCGUAUAUCAAUCAGGUCCUUAUACUCCCCAAACACCAGGAUCAAUCAUGUAUGGAUCUGAUAGUUAUAGUCCAUAUCAACCAAGCCCAAGCCCUUCAGGGUAUCAAGCCAGCACGUAUAUGGGCACACCCUCACCGACAUCAUACUCACCUGGUACCCCAGCAGGUGCACCGCAAUCACCAUAUAAUCCACAAACUCCUGGAGCUAGUUUGGAUUCACUUUCUGGGUCUGACUGGCAUACAACAGAUAUUGAGGUUCGCAUUAGCGAUAGUCAUCCAGACAGAGGACUAGCUAAUCAAACUGGUGUCAUCAAAGGGUUACAAGGAGGAAUGUGCACAGUGUUUUUGCCAGCUGAAGAUCGUUCUGUGAAUAUAGAAUGUGAUCAUUUAGAACCAGUUCAACCUGCAAUUAAUGAUUAUGUCAAGGUUAUAAUGGGCGUACAUCGUGAAUCGGUAGGGAUAUUGUUGUCAUCUGAUGGUCCUGAUGGAGUUAUCAGAAUGAAAGACCAAGUAGAAAUGUUGCAGUUGCGUUUUCUUUGUAAAAUGUAUCGUCAAUAGAU